AUGGCAGCCGCGCGAGUCUUCGGCAUCGCAGAAUUGCUCGAGGAGAUCCUCCUGCAAGUCGCACUCCAAGCUGUGAAAGACAGGGGUCAUACUACUCUCGAGCCACUCACCUCUCUGGCACCUCUCCACCGCGUUGACCAUACCUUCAAUAAUGCCAUCACGCACUCCAGCAAGCUCCACAAGGCAAUGUACACGGAUCUCAACACUGUUUCGACCCUCGUCAAGAAGUUCCGGUUGAGGUACCUACUCUACAAGAUGGUAGAAAUCACGCAAUUUACGCCACUCGAGAUGCUGUUCAGUUGCCUGUUGCCGAGAGAUCGCUACAUGACUCGCCGCUCGGGCCCAGUUAACCCGUCCCAGUCAGGAGUCGUAGUUGACGCACGCCGGGGAAAGGCAGACGACAACCCUUGGAAGCAGCUGAAGCACUUCAUGAAUUCGAAGGACUGUAACGAGGAUUCUUCAUGGCGCAAGGUCGAGGUGUCUCAGAAGGAUCUGGUGGAUUGGGAGAAACUGACAUUCUUCGAGGUGGUGUUCAGGAGACCUGCGGGCUAUUGGGGCAAAAACUGGUACGUUGAUACGAUGCCAUUUGAUGAGGGGGGGACUUUGGGAGAAGUCUUCGAUAAGUAUGUGGAGAUUAUGGAGCGGAAGCCUAUCGAGCAUACUGAUCAUGCACGAGCCUGCACUGAGCCACGGCAGGGUUAUCUAGCUCGGUGA